UAUAAAUGGGAAUCACCCUUGUGCCAUAUUUGAAUCCAUACACUAUCAGUUUCUUCCUUACUUGUUACAAGAUUGAUCAACACCAAAGAAAGCUUAAAACCAUUAGAACUGUAGAUAGCUCAAUGGCUGCUCCACUGCUAAGUAGGGGACCUGUUAAGGUUGGGCAUAUAGAUGAUGUCCAAGAGGUGAGAAAGAAACAUUCAUCCUCUAUUCCUGAAAGGUUUGUCAAAGACCUGACAGAAAGGCCAAUCCUCACCCCUUCUUCAUGUGACAACCACCUCAAGAUCCCUGUAGUUGACUUGCACAAGCUCUUGACAUUGGACAAGAAUUCACCCCAGUUCCUUGCUGAAAUGUCCAACCUCUCUCUUGCUUGUGAACAGUGGGGAUUCUUUCAAUUAAUAAAUCAUGGAGUUGACUUAAGCUUACUAAAGGAGAUGGAGAAGUUGGCAAUGGAAUUUUUCAUGCAGCCUUUGGAGGAGAAGAAGAAAUAUGCAAUGGCCCCAGGAGGUAUACAGGGAUAUGGGCAAGCCUUUGUGACCUCAGAAGACCAAAAGUUGGACUGGUGCAACAUGUUUGCUCUUGCUGUUGAACCCCCAGCCAAUAGGAUUCCCAGUCUUUGGCCACCAAACCCUCCUCAUUUCAGUGAAACGGUGGUGACAUACACAAGAGAGAUGAAGGGAGUGUGCGAGAAAUUGAUGGAAUACGUAGGGAGUAGUUUGGGAGUGAGAGAUGGGUUGGGCAGAGUAAUUGAAAGGGAGAGUACUAUACAAGCGGUGAGGAUGAACUACUACCCGCCCUGCCCGAGGCCUGACCUGGUUCUUGGUCUCAGCCCCCACUCCGACGGAAGUGCCCUUACCGUCUUACAGCAGCCCGAUUUCGGCGCCGCCGGCCUCCAGGUUCUUAAAGAUGGCACUGCAUGGCUCCCUGUCCCCCCCAUUCCUAAUGCUCUUGUUAUCAAUAUUGGUGAUACUAUCGAGGUGCUGACAAAUGGAAGAUACAAGAGUGUGGUGCAUAGAGCAGUGGCACACAAAGAAGAGGAUAGACUGUCUAUAGUGACAUUUUAUGCACCAAGCUAUGCCACAGAGUUAGCGCCGUUGCCGGAACUGGUAAGUGAAAGCAACCCCGCCAAAUAUCGAAGCUACAAUCAUGGUGACUACAGCAAACAUUAUGUUACCAGCAAGCUUCAAGGCAAGAAAUCUCUUGACUUUGCCAAGAUCCUUCUGCCCCCACAGCAGUAACCAGUAGGCCAUGUUUUAUUAGCUCGUCCUACCAUGUCAUAUAUGUACUCCACUUGGUAUCUAAUAAAAAUAAUAUGCGUUAUAAUAAGUAUUAUAAAUAAAUAAUUGUCUCAUAUAUGAAGCAUCAAGUUUUAUAUUUAUGUGUAAUAGAUCAAAUGUGUUAAUUACUUAAAAAUUAAUAUGGCAGUGAUCCAGCGAUAAUCUAGACAUCUAGUCCAAGUUAUAACUUGAAGUCAAAUAUUUGUUGCACAUGCAUGCAUGUAUUUGGGUAAUAGCGGUGAUACAUCUAAAUAAGCCAAUUGAUCCUUUUU